CUUACGCCAAUGAUCUAACCUCAAACGUGACUAUAAAGAUUGUAAGAAGAUACAGAAAAAGGAUUAAUUUCCUUCGGCUUUACAUCAUGAAUUCAUUAUCAAGAAUUGUUCGUGGGAAAUUGUACCAGGAGUUAAUUGUACGAUUGCAGUCAACAACCAUAACAUCAACCUUAUCCUCAGACAUUCAAAUUCCAAACAGAAUAGAACGAGGUCCAACAGAUAUCUUGAAGGCUCUGGAAAGUACGAUAUCUAGAGAUUAUACAGCGCCACAUUAUAAGUUUCAUGAUGAUCCUUUCUUGAUACCUCAAUCAAACUUGCAUAAUCGUACGUACGCUUUAGCAAAAGAGUCUGGAAGGAAGACCGCGAUGUGGGUUCGUGAAGAACACCGCGAUUUAUUUCAGCAUAAAGUAGCAGAUCCUGAAAUUAAGGCAUUUGUACCACUCCCCAUUUAUACCGAAGAAAGUAAAGUGACAGAAGAAACAUUAUUAUAUGAAAUAUCAAAUGGUAAUAUUGCUAACUGUAUCACGAUAUACGAUUUAUUAAAAGGUGAGAUGACAAUACCAACGAAACAGGCACUCUUGGAAUUAUUAUGUUACAACAAUAGUGAACAAACCGAAUGGCUGGAGACUCGCUGGUAUAAAUUCGAACAUACAAAGAAUACUUGGCUAAAUUACUCACAAAUCGAUGUACUAUUCGAAUUUCUGAAGGAACAAGAACCCAAAAUAGCAGCUGCUGCGUACACCGCGAUGAUAUGUGGUUUGGUUAAACAUUUCAGUCCGAACAAGGCUUGGCAUUUUUAUGCUGAAAGUCGAGAAAAAAGUAUACCGUUAUCUAUUGAUGGAUACAAUGCUAUGAUAUCAAUAGUACCAAUGCUCGUACCAAGGCAAGAGAAGCAAGAGGAUUCGAAAUUAAAAUCGUUAGUAACCGAUAUUUACAGAGCAAUGAUUAUAAACGGAAUCACUCCAAACAUACAUACCUUUAAUGCCGCCCUUAAUGUAGCAACUGCUUUAAAAACCAAUCAAGUAGCUCUAGAUUUUACACGCAAGAUACUCGCUGAUAUUACAAAAUUCAAACUGAAGCCAUCGUUAACUACAUAUUAUUAUCUGCUGCAAAUUUUAAGUAGAUUCGGCGAUGCAUCAUAUAACAGCUUUAUAAAAAUUUUGACGUCUUUGAAAAAUGAAACCAUUACUAUUCAAAAUAAGGAAGAUUUAAAUUUCUUCGUUGUCGCAAUGAAAAUGGCAUCCCAGCAGUUCUGUGAUCGUCAAGCAGGUGAAAUGGUGAAUGAGCUUCUUCUUACCGGUGAAAAUUACAAGUUUAUCAGUAAUAAUAUAAGAGAACAUAUCUAUUACCGAAUGUAUUUGGAAUUAAUUUUGGCAACGGAAGAAUUUGAGACAUUCUUCAAGCUCUACAGCAAACUUGUGCCGCACGUGACUAUACCGGAACCUGCCGUGAUGAGUGCUAUAUUAGAAGCUCUUAAAUUAUAUCCCGCGCAGACUGCCACGCAAUAUAUACCAAAACUAUGGUCGCACAUGAUCAUGUUCGAUCAUCUGAACAGGGAAGAGUUAUUGGAGAACAUAUUGCACUUGAUGAGCGUACAUUGUAAACCCGUGUCUGAUUCUCCAUUGAAUGCGCAAUUCACAGAGAUGGCACUGACUAUCUGGGAUCAUAUACAAUCUUUGAGAUUUAAUAUAUUUGUCCAUAUAUUAAUAUCUUCCGAAUUAUGUGUGAUUAAAGAAGAAGAAACACCAAGUCCUUUUCAAAUUAAAUCGGGGACCUAUCGAAAUUCAAUAAUGGGCAAUAUCAUACUAUUGUUGCUACGUGGAAAUAAUUUUACCAAAACGAUAGAAAUUAUAUCGUUAUUAGUUCGUUCACCGCACUUAAUUAAGAAUGGUCAAACCAUUACAACAGAGCAUAUAAAUGAAAUAUUCGAACUGUGUUUAGCACAAGCAUAUGUGCCGGCAAUUUUCACACUUCUGGAAUAUGUCACUUUCCAUAGUCUAGAAGGAGCCGGGGAAAUGGCUGGAAAGUUAUACAAAACUGUAUCCCUUACCUCCAAUCAGAAAAAUAUAUUGGCUAGUUUAGUAGGUAACGAUGUUCUCCAAUUACAGAUCUCUGAUGAGAAUUAG